CUUCCGUUGCUCCAAUUGUCCGUGUCCCCCCGCAACGCUUCCCCACCACAACUGCAUGGUGCAGCAAUGUGGAAGACCUUCCGUGACCGAGCCCGAGAGGCAGAGAGAACCUCACGAGAAGUGGCAGCGACGCAGCAGCAACAGGCUCUUAAGAUCACCCUCGAUGAGAUAAACCGGUUUGAGAAGACCCAUCAUCUCUCCCUCCGCCGCCCCCGUCCACUCAGCCCCGCCCAAGACCAGGGCGAAGGCGACAAGAGAGAGGCGGACUUGGGGGAGCCAACCGAGCCCAAAAGACGGGCCUCGCCUCUGGAUUUCUACGAUUAUGCCUCUCCGUCGAUGCGAGCCGAGGGGCGGGUGACGAAGAUGAACCCCACCCCUGGCACACCGGAGAGAAGAAAGGACUUCGGCAAAGGGACGAAAGAGCUCGUCGAUGGCUUCGGGAGGACGGUCAUCGAGCCGAUAUUCAUGCAGCCCGUAAGUACCAAGUCCACGUGGCUGCAUGCCAUUCAGCUGAUAACAGUUGUGUGUGUCAUGUGUUUGUCUGUCGUAGGAGAAAGAAUGGUCUCUGAAAAUGAAGACCAUGACCACCAGCGACAAGCCCACGAAGGUCAGUCAUACAAUCACUGCUUCCGUUCCAUCCUCCCUUGACCUCCUGUUGGUCAUGCAGAGAUCUGUCUACUCCCGCACGGCCACCUUCGAUGACACACUAGGCACGACGGGAGACAUGCUUCAACGGUUCCUCAAGACGUCACGCUCCCGCACCAGGCUGGGCGAGAGCGACGAGGGGCUCGGCGCACACGCGUUGCCACCCCGGAUGUUCCAUCUGUCAAUGAAGAUGAAGGGAGAGAAGGUGGACUGCUCUAUACCGAUGACGCGAUCACACCAGCUGGGGACACUCGCCCGGGCCGCCAAAGUAGGCGAACCAACAAACACGGAAGGAGUGAAUAUAUAUGGUUUGAACUUAUAUGUGUCCUGCCCUCUUGCAUGUCUCAUGCAGCCAUGGAUCGAGAACAACCUUGUGGUGCAAGAGCGGGCGCGGCAGGAGAUGAAGGCAAUGGUCAGUGGGCACACAUUGACACCAGUGAAAGGCCGGGUAUCUGGUGUAUGCGCGGUGCGCAAAAUAUCUGCCUGUCUGUCUGUCUCUCAGGGGGAGGAGCGUCGCGAUUGGGAGACACGAUUGGUACUCAACGCAUCGGCAGGCCUCUCUCAAUAUCACCCUCUACGUGUGUGUGUCUUACUUCGCAGAGAAACGACCUUCUCGUCGCGAUGGCCAGUAAGAUACGAUACAGCUCCCACAUGUCUCUGUGUGACCUCCUCUCUUGUUUCCUGCGCAGAGCGCCGUGCCAGGGCGGAGGAGGCGGCUGUCGGCAGAAAAGAGCCUUUCGCACUGCGCAAUGUACAGCCACUUUGACAUCUUUGUCAAUCUGUUUCCCUGCUCAUACUUCUUUGCAUUCUUUCUCUCUCGCCCUGCCAGCGUGCCCGGGCCAUCAGGCGCGAGCGGAAUGCCAAGCACCAGGCGUCCCAGCAGCAGGAGAAACAUCAGAACGUCAUCGACACCUACGGCGAGCGGCCUCUCUUCCUCCUGGACCCUACUCACAUCAGCCAAAUGCCACAGGCCCAGCAGGACGUCAUCAAGGCCGUGCAGAACCUUCAGGAGACCACCAUGCUGCAGCAGGGGUACGAGUCGGCCACGAGUGCCAUCACGUCUGCCAGAGGGGGAGCGAAGGAAGAGUUCUUCGGGCCGGGUGACGGGGGCCGUCACGGUGUGCCGACGGCCAUGGAUGUGACGACGAGGGUGGCGAGAACGAGGGAUGGCUGGCGAACUGGACUCAUGAGGACGGGGGAAUUCGACACGGGGCGGGCGUACUAUCCCAGCUCCGAGAGACGAACAGCCGCCGCGUUUGGCGAAGCGUGCAAGUAUGCAAGAGGAGGCACAUGAUUUCUGGGAUGCCCCGUCGCGUUUUUGCACCUGUGUUGGUGCAGGGCUCGGAAGGAUCAUGCUGCUCUAAUUCGCCAUCAGAGAGACAUUGAAAUGUUCAGCGACAUUGCCAUGGCGAAGACAGAGAGGGAAGAGGUAGACACACAGAAAUGAGUGGACCUACAGGUCGGUAGCGUCUCUGUGCGUUGUUCAGGCGUUGGCCAGCAUGACCGAUUUCGAAGACACGCUGCAACACAUUAAGCGAAUGAAGGUGAGACACCAUGUGCGAAGAAGGAACACCGCCUUCACAAGGAUUUCCUCCAUUCAAUUUUCGCCAGGGUCGGCUGCGGGCACAGGCGACCAAGACGCAGAUCAGAAUAGAUGGGAGAUGAGAUGGAGUAGUGCAUGUCAUUGAGGGGUUUCACGUCUGCCGCUGGACUUGUUGGCGGUGGUGGUGGGGCUGGAUUGUUCUUCGCCCGUCACUGCUGAGAAAGGAGAGCAAAAAGCUAUCAAUGACUUUCUCAGACAGCUGUUUUGGCAGCCUGUCAUGAAG